UUGUUUUUAGCAUGGCACAGCACCACGCUAGCUAGAUUACUUCCCUAGCCAACUGUUUUUAAAACAUUAGCUAACUCGGGCACACACACCCGAGAAUGCCAAGGAAAAAGAAAAAUGGGCAUAGCCCGGCAAGAGUACCCGGGUUGUCAAACGACAACAACAACUAUUACGGAAUACCAGGAACUAGUGACGGUGCGCCGCUGUCGAGAAGUGAAUUAAACACCGGGAGUAACUCUCACUACUACGGCAGUACUAAUAUGCUCGUUUCAACAAACUCAGGAGGCAUCUCCGCUACUUCUCAGGACAAGGACGAGAUAUUGAGGAACAUGCAGGAGAUGUUUUCCCACCUGGACCCAGAAGUCCUUUACAUUGUGUUGUCCGAGUGUGACUUCAAAGUUGAGAAUGCGAUGGAUUCUCUCCUGGAGCUGUCUGUAGCAGCUGAGCGUGUUGGCCCUCUCCCUCCCCUCCUCUCUGGGUUUGAGCUUGCCGCAGCUCUCCUCAGCCCCCAACACGACCCCUCCAAACCAGACCUUCAUCCCCACCCUCCUACAGGGGAGACCGCUGUCCCCCUCUCCCCUCCCCGACGGCCCCCUCCUCUCCGCAGCGAAGACGACCAGAACCUGACCACUGACUUGACAGAAGAGUUUGAUGUUCUGAUCGACCGUGAGCUGGAGAAUCUUACCAUACAGCAGGAAGCUGGUCUUCACUCCUCCUCUUCCUCAUCCGUCUCUUCCCGCUCCUUCCUCGUUCAGCCCCCCGGCGCCCAGCAGCAGGCCCCGCCACAGCUGCUCCAGUCCAGCCCAAGAGCCUCAGCCUUCACGAGGGGGCUCCCAGGGGCCCAGCCAUGCCCUGACAGGGUGUUCUCAGCUGGGCAAGCUAGAGGACCUCACUCCCCUGUCUCUGGCCUAAGCCUCAGCUUCUCUGGAGGAGCAGUGGGUUACCAGCAGCAGAGAUCCUUACUGGACUUCAGCCAUCUGACUUCAUCGCCAGCCGAGACGGACAGAACUAAACCCAGUCUGCCUUUGGACCUGGGGGCCGCCGAUCGCCCCUCUGCAUUCCAGGCAUACAGGAAACUGGACCAGUCCGCUGUUCGUCCAGAGGGCGGGCGGACCGUACCACCAGGCGGCAUAGUAGGGGGCGCGAGGACGAAGACGAGCGUCGCAGGAGAAGAAGAGCGACUCGACAACUCGUCGUUCUGGAACACUCAGGCGCCAGUGUUCCAGCCGCAUGUCCACGGACAUCAGGCGACGGGGCCGGCGUUCAUCACCCCCGUGGCGCUAAACCCCUCCACCUGGCACACCCGAGCCACACCCGCCUCCCACUGGUUGGCCCAGGGCCCUGUCAGUCAAGCCCCUACUGUCCCCAGGUCUUGGACAGGGGGUGUGUUUGCGGCUGCUGGCCCCAGAGCACCCCUCCUCUCCGGGCAACAUGGUAGGCUCCGGCUGGAGGGGCGUGUCCUAGUGCUGCUACGGGGAGCUCCUGGGUCGGGCAAGUCCACCCUGGCCCGGGCCAUGCUGGAACAGAACCCACAUGGGGUGGUUUUGAGCACGGAUGAUUAUUUCUGUCGCCAUGGGGACUAUCGCUACGACCCCUCAGCUUUAGGGGAGGCCCACGAAUGGAACCACGCUAGAGGUAUACACCCUAACUAACCAUACACCCUAACCCCUACACCCUAAC